AUGUCUUUCUCUCAUGACAGUUGCUAUGGCUCAGACGAAGUCUCGGUCACAUCCGCUGGUACCAACCCUGCGCAAUCAAGUAUCUCGACUUUCCCUGCCAAGCCACCACUUCAUCCUUUCUUGAAAUCCAUCCUGAAGAACUCCUCUACUGCUGUUGAAUCUGACGAAGAGUCGGACUCGGAAUCUGGCUACAGCUCCGAUGGGGAUUCCGAGUACGAUGCGCUUUCUGACGAAGAAUAUGAGGAUGAGGAUGAUGGCAAUGCGUCUGACUUCUCGAUCUGGGAUGAGACCUCUCGAGAUGCCCCUGAGACUCACGAAGAUCAUACCGAGUCCUUUGACGAUGCAUUCAUUUCCUUUGAGGAGAAUGCGGUGCGAUUUGCCGCCAACGUGCAGUAUAUUGACUCAGCCGAAGUCUCCGACGACGAGGAGACUCCCGAUACUCAGAUGACCUGCCAUGAGAUGAUGCUGCUGGCUCUGAAAUCCAACACUCAAAGUACUCUGGACCAGCUCGACGCCAUGGAUAUCAACGACUCCGAUGACGAUGUAGAUCCACAUGAGUUCCUGAACAAAGUCACCACUAAGCCGGAGGAGUUCUCGCGCGAUGCCGUGGACCUGGACCGAAGUCUUUUCGUUGCUUACAUGAACGGAAUGCAUGGGAUUGCCGAUACGAAAUUCAAAUCCUACCUUCGAAAUCAGGUCGACCACAUUCGUCUUGGCCAGGAGGCCGACACCAUGGGUCCUGACGGAUCAUCUUCCUUGUAUCUUGACCUGAUCUCUAGCCAUGUCAUCGGCACCUUCUGCAAUCUUCUCACUCAAGAUGAAUUAAAUGAUUUGAUCAUCUUCCGCGCCGAAGAGCAGCCCAGCAAGACAAACGAUUCGGCUCUCAACUUGGACCAUCACAACGCCCUCCUGGACAGAAUUGAGAAGUUCCUCCUGGACAGACUCACAAACGGUCACGUUGAUGUUGGCCCUGAUGAACUGAGCUUCUUUGCCGGCGUGAUUGCCCACGACCUCGGCACCAAAUCUUUACCAGCGCAGAAUUAA